AUGGCUUUUAUAGCCGAAAUUACAUUUCCUGAUGGUCAGCUUGUUGGCGGUUCUGGUUCCGGUUUGACGCCAGUUGUUUCGGGCCCCGAAACAUCCGAGGAACAGAAGAAACGCUUCGAAAUUGAAUGCGAAUUCGUACAAUCUCUUGCUAAUCCGCAUUAUUUGAAUUUUUUGGCACAGCGUGGUUAUUUUAAGGAACCAUAUUUUAUCAAUUAUUUGAAAUAUCUUUUGUACUGGAAAAGACAGGAAUACGCAAGGUUGCAAUACACAACAGCAGAGGACGAUGACGAGCAGCAGCAGCAGCAGCAGCAAGAGAAAAAGCCGCCAACUUCAACAGCUCCUUAA